CGAGCCUCGACGACACCCGCCGCUUCUCCCUAGAGCCGCUCCGGAUCCCUCCUCGCCGCCUCUCUCCUGUAUCGCUCUUCCAGCAUCGCCGGUCCAGCCGCCAGUUUCCCGCAGAGGAGAAAAACAGAAAAAAAAAGACAUCAUGGCCCCCUCAUCGCUUGCUCGCCCCAUGCUCCGCUCGCCGGCUCUGCGCCAGCUUGCCUUCCGCCGCUUCGAGAGCUCGGCCGCCAACAAGGCCACUGAGGCCGCCAAGGAGACCGCCGGCAAGGCCAAGGAGUACCAGGCAAAGGCUGCGCAGGGCCUGUCGCGCGUCGCGGGUGCUGCUGGCCCUGCCAUUGCCGGCGCUGCUCGUGGCCUGACCAGCGCGCUCAGCAAGGUCGGUGGGCGCACCGGCAAGCUCAUCAGCUUCAUUGAGAAGCAAACUCCUCAGGUCGUCUACUACGGCAAGGUCGCCCUCGAGACGGGCAAGAUUGUCUUCCACGCCCAGAAGAUGAGCCCUCCUUCUCUCGCCACCUUCCAGAGCUACUACCAGUCCCUGUGGCAGUCCAUCCGAAGCGGCGCCAUCCUCAGGUCUCCCCAGAACCUCAUCCAGCAGGUCCGCAGCCUGACUCCCGGUCAGCUGGUUACCGGCGGUGUUGUCUUUGCUGAGUGCUUGGGCUUCUUCACCGUUGGUGAGAUGAUUGGCCGAUUCAAGCUGGUGGGCUACCGCGGAGAGACCGCGUCUCACCACUAAACGUGUCUGCGAAUGUCGUAUCCCCUUUACCGUUUCAACGCAAAAUCAAAGAGCAUUCGGGCGUCGAGUAAUUUAGCCUGACCUUGGCCAGGCUUGCCUGGCGCUGCAACAUGGAACAAGCCCCAUGGUAGAAGACGAAGCCUGGAGAGGAAGCAGCAGAGGUGACGAACGCGCGCACAGCACUCACAUAACAUGUACCAAGAGAAAAGCAAAACAAAAAACGGCAUGUACGGAUAGACAAAGAGGACCGGAAUAGACGAAAACAUGGUCGGUGUCACCAAACUCCGACUGGUGAAGCGAGGGGUUAUCAUCGGGUGUGACCAGUUGGUUGGCAGAGACGAAAAGCAAGGAGAAUGCGUGGCGGGCGAGGGCCAGGAUGGAUGAGGAAGGGUUUCUUUUUUGGUCUUGGUUAUCGGGAGAUUCCUCCUUGGCCCUCGUGUAUGCGUGUGAGCAUCUGGUUUUUGGACUUUUUUUUCUUCUUUUUCUUUGUCACGCAUUCACAGGAGAACACACACACACACAUACCAUGUACACCAGAGACUUGA